CUUCGCACUUGCACUAAUCAGUUAACAGCGUGAGCGUUUACACUUUGAUUUUACUUAUCACUUAACACCUGCACUUGCUACUUAACAAAAUGUAAAUGAGCCAUAAAAUAUCGAGUUUUGUUCGUUGCUUCACAUAUCGAUACUUUAAAAUUUUGAUACGUAUAACAAUCGUUAAUCCCUAAAUUGAAUUGACGUAGACGUAUUGACAUUGACGGCUUGACUUGACCCGAAAUUAACCUCAAAUCAAAAUAAUAGAAAGUUUUAUUUGUGUUUAUUGACGAAGUCACAAAAUAUAUCAAUACAACAAAAAUGAAAAAUAAUUUAUUGCGUGUUACACAAAUGAAUGCAGUUUAUUUAGAUGAGGAAAUUUAUAAAGCUUUCCGACUGCUUUUAGAUCAAGCCACUCGUUACUUGCCUCCCGGACUUACUGCGCCGUAUGAGUCUGAAAUAAAUUUAUUUCUUCGUUUAGCUAUAAUAAAAUAUUCUAUAUUCAGCAAUUGUAAUACAUUUGGACAACAGUUGUUAUCAAUCAAAUAUGAAAAUCUGUCAUAUACUAAGAAAGUAUUAUAUAUGAUUGGUUGUUGUUUAGAUUAUAUAAAAGUUAAAUUGGAGUUGUGGAAACCAUCCCAUGAAAUAAACAAUACCAUUUCUAAUAUAUAUACUUUCAUUAAACUUUUCGAUUUUAUUAAUUUAUCUGUGUUUUUACGAAAUGGUGUAAAACCUUUGCUUAUUGAACGGAUUUUAGGAUUAACACAAGUAUAUGUGUCUGACAUUGGUCAGCGUCAAUACGAAUCAAAGUAUUUAGCAAGAGAAUUAUUGUGGAAUAGUUUUAUCGAAAUUUUAGUGUAUAUCUUACCCCUUAUAAAUUAUCAUAAAAUGAAAAGAACAUUGAGGAAUUACAAUCUUCUACGUAGAAAACCUAUUUAUACUGUUAUGUCUAAUAGGGUAAUAACGAUGCAUUCGAAAUGUGCAUAUUGUGGAGAAAAUCCAAUUUUACCCCAUCAUAUGGGUUGCGCACAUAUUUUCUGUUAUGUUUGUUUAACGGGCAAUCAAACAGCAGAUUCCAGAUAUGAAUGUCCCUUGUGCGAACACAGAAAUCCAAAUAUUUUGUGUGAUAGGGUGGCAGUACUGUGAUAUUAUUUUUUAUUUUGUUAUCUUUUAUAUUGAGUUUUACAUGAAUUAAUUAAAAGAAACUAUUUUACAAGGAA